GCUUUCUCCGCCAUUUUGAAGGGUUAUAAGAAAUCUCCGCGAGGCUGCCGUCCUGCUGCUCUGAUCUGUAGUUCUGUAUUGUGCAAUGGACGGCCGUUUAGAGACUGAAUUGUAUCCUCUGGGAUCGCGUUACGUCGCUGAAAUAGACAGUGUCCACGACAUAACAGUUGGUACAAAGAGGGGGUCUGACGAGCUCUUCACCUCCUGCCUGUCCAACGGAUCCUAUAUCAUGAGCGCGAAUGGCAACGACAGUAAGAAGUUCAAAGGUGACAUCAGAAGCCCCAGCAUUCCGUCACGCGUGGUGCACGUGCGCAAGCUGCCCAAUGACAUCAACGAGGCCGAGGUCAUCUCCCUGGGCCUUCCGUUCGGAAAGGUCACCAACCUGCUCAUGCUCAAGGGGAAGAACCAGGCCUUCCUGGAGAUGAGCACGGAGGAGACGGCUCAGACCAUGGUCACCUACUACUCCUCUGUCCCGCCCGUCAUCCGCAACCACCCCAUAUUCAUGCAGUACUCCAAUCACAAGGAGCUGAAGACCGACAACUCGCCCAAUCAGGUGAGGGCUCAGGCGGCACUGCAGGCGGUGAACGCGGUGCAGACGGGGGGCAUGUCCGUGGGGGGCAUGCCCGGAGUGGGCGUGGCCGGCAUGGAGGCGUCGGGGAUGGGCGGCCAGAGUCCUGUCCUACGUGUCAUCGUGGAGAACCUCUUCUACCCCGUCACGCUGGACGUCCUGCACCAGAUCUUUUCCAAGUUCGGCACCGUGUUGAAGAUCAUUACCUUCACCAAAAAUAACCAGUUCCAAGCGCUGCUCCAGUACGCCGACUCCCUGACCGCGCAGCACUCCAAACUGUCUCUGGACGGGCAGAACAUCUACAACGCCUGCUGCACGCUGCGCAUCAGCUUCUCCAAGCUCACCAGCCUCAACGUCAAGUACAACAACGACAAGAGCCGGGACUACACCCGGCCCGACCUGCCCACGGGGGACAGCCAGCCCCCCCUCGAGCACCAGGCCAUGGCCGCCUUCGGUGAGGCUUGCCCCAGUCCCCAUUUCAGUCGGGCUAAGCUAAUGCGCGGUUCUCAUUUGUGUGCGUUUGCCUCAGGCCUGACGAUGCCGGGAGUCCCGGGGGCGCUGGCAUCUCUGGGCAUGCCCAGUGCCGCCGCCGCCGCGCAUGCUGCUGCCAGCCGGCUGGGCCUGUCGGGCCUGUCUGGCCUGAGCGCCGCUCACUGCGUCCUGCUGGUCAGCAACCUGAACCCUGAGAGUGUAACGCCCAAUUGCCUCUUUACUCUCUUCGGUGUGUACGGCGAUGUCAUGAGGGUCAAGAUCCUGUUUAACAAGAAGGACAACGCGCUGGUACAGAUGGCCGACGGGACCCAGGCUCAGCUCGCGAUGAGCCACCUGAACGGGCAGAAGCUGCACGGGAAGGCGAUCCGCGUGACCCUGUCCAAGCACACCACGGUGCAGCUGCCCCGGGAGGGCCACGAGGACCAGGGCCUCACCAAGGACUACAGCAGCUCGCCCCUGCACCGCUUCAAGAAGCCCGGCUCCAAGAACUACCAGAACAUCUUCCCCCCAUCCGCCACCCUGCACCUGUCCAACAUCCCGCCGUCCGUGGUGGAAGACGACCUGAAGUCUUUGUUCGCCAGCUCUGGUGCCUUGGUCAAGGCCUUCAAGUUUUUCCAGAAAGACCGCAAGAUGGCGCUGAUCCAGAUGAGCUCGGUGGAAGAGGCCAUCGAGUCGCUGAUCGAAUUCCACAACCACGACCUGGGAGAGAACCACCACCUGCGCGUGUCUUUCUCCAAGUCCACCAUCUGAGGGGGCGGAGCCCUGGAGGCACCGCCCACAACGGACUCAUGGACCCGCUCGCUCGGAUCAUUCCUCUAUAUAAACACACACACGUAUACGCACACGCAUGUACACACCACUUCACCCAACGCCUGCACCACUGGGACGACGUAUGCCAGGACUGCACACACACACGCGUGUGUGUGUAUACACGCCACCUCCAUUUAAAGCCUUUAUUAUACCGGCCUUCAUGCUUCGACUCUGGACCCCGGGGGUGAGGGGACUCCUGGAGAACCAACUGCUGCUCCGCACCCUCCACCAUCCGCCCUCCACCCUCCACCCGCUCAAUAGGCGUCCCACCCCUUCCUGCUCAGUGAGGGUAUAUACUUUCCUCUCUGUUGCACUCUCCCUUUCUCUCUGUCUCUCUCUCACACACACACACACUCGCUCUCUCUCUCUGUGCCUUGAAAGCAGUCCCAUUCAGGUUCCUCCCUCUGUGGGUUCACACCACUCUGUGUCCAGGCCGGUGUGUCCAGGUGUAGGCAGUGUGUUACACAUCUUUGCUCAUCUCUCCACUCUUAGACCUUUUCACUGUCACCCUUUGCCUUUUUAAACUUAUAAAGACAUUUCUGCUUUGAAAUUCUUCUCUUUGACAAGAUGUCAAAAUGUAAACCCAGCCUGAUAUACAUUUUGUUGACUGUUUACAGCUGUUCUUGAUUCCAUAUUUGGUUUUGUUGUAGGUGGAGAUUUGGUGUAGAAAUCAUGGUUUUGUGGUUUUUAUACAUGUCCGUAGGUGUCUUAAUCUGAUGGUUUUUUCAGUUUUGUCGCAUUAAGGCAUCGACAUAUCUAAGGUGAGCUUGUACCCCCACCAAAACAGAACCAAAGUUCAGUUCUCAGAGGUGUUGAUGGGAUAUGUAGUCCAGAGCUUGUAUAGAGGAAUAACCCCAUAACUAUGGACUCCACCUCCCAGCAACAGCUUGUUGUUGGUCAGAGCUGUUCAGAUUCCCCAUUUUGUGUAAAAAAAAAAAAGAACAUUUUUUUUAAUUCCUUUUUUUUAAAUGAGACCACAUCAGUCUUAAACCUGUAUAUCUUAUUUACUGUUUGUGUCUAUAUAGAUCAGCAUUUCCAUUCCAUUUUAUAAUUUUUAAAUUUAUGCAAUGAUUGUGUUUUGUGCAAAUUGAAUAUUGUGCAUAUCUGUCAUUUCCAGUAUACUGUAGUUGGGCUGUGGGGGGUCACUGGGCUUUCUGCCGUGCCUUGGUCAUGUCUUAAACUCCUCCCACUUUAUUAGUCUUAAUUCCGCUCCUCCUGCUCAGAGGUCCUGCCCCCUCACAGCCAAGGAGUCCUCUGAUUGGCUGAGGGCCUGGGGGGUAACGGGGACCUGGGGGGGGGUAGUGGGACCUGGGGGGUAACAGGACCUGGGGGGGUAACGGGGACCUGGGAGGGUAACAGGACCUGGGGUGGGGGGGGGGGGGGGUAGCAGGACCUGGGGGGUAACAGGACCGACUUGUUUCGCUGUCCGGACGGUAACGUGCUUUACUCUGAAUGUGAAGUCCAGGUGGCAUUUUAGGGGGUGGAGCCCUCGCCCCCACGCUGCUCACAAAGCGCUGUGCUCCCCCCCCCCGCUCUCCACCGCAGCGGCCUUCCAGGGGCACGUCUCAACUGGGACAGUCCUGUAGUCCAGGGGGUGUCCAGUUUCUCUCUGAAAAAGGGCUGGUGUGGGUGCAGGUUUAGUGCUGAGCUAAAACAAAAACCUGCACCCCUGCCGGCCCUUUUAGGAAACGAGUCGGACACCCCUGUUUUAGUGCCUACAAGUUUUCAUUUUUAAAAUUUUUUUUAAUUUCCCCCCUCUUUUGUAGGACGAACUUCAGCUCUUUAGAUUUGUGUACCUUGAACAGAGUUUAUUUUCCUUUUGAGAUUUAUGUAGUUAAACGACGAAACGAGAAGUUUUAUAUGGAUUUUGUAGACGAGGUGUGAAGCAAUAAAUGAAACAGUUUCAGGACAGGCACAUUCCGGACCAAAGCGAGCCCUCUUUCCCCCCCGCCCCUCUAGUGUCAGGGGUGCGGUUUGGGUACAGACCACCCCUGCUGCUGGCUGAGCGGCCCCCUACCCUACCACACCGCUUGGUAACUGGGGAAACGGGGGCGGGCAGAUUUUGUACAUUUUGUUUUGACAACGGCGAGUCAGAGCCGUAAAAAAAAAUAAUAAUUUUGUAUUUUGGGAAAAGAAAAAUAAACGUAUUAUAACCUUC